UAUAUGGUGGAUUUACUGAACACAUGGGUCGCUGUAUAUAUGGCGGAAUUUACGAGCCAGGCAAUGAGCUUUCAGACGAGAAUGGAUUUCGCAAAGAUGUCAUCGAGGCUUUCAAAGAGCUCAGAGCCCCAGUCGUCCGCUAUCCUGGAGGCAACUUUGUCGCUACGUAUCACUGGCUUGACGGAGUGGGUCCCAAGCACAAGCGGCCUCGAAGGCCCGAACUUGCUUGGAUUGGAGUAGAGAGCAACGAGUUUGGCACGGACGAAUUCCUCAAAUGGUGCGAAGUGGUAGGCACCGAGCCAUACUUUGCGCUGAAUUUCGGCACCGGCACCCUUGAUGAAGCCUUGGGAUGGGUUGAAUACUGCAAUUCAUCAAAGAACACAUACUACGCGAACCUCCGACGGGAGAACGGUCGGGAGAAGCCCUACAACGUGAAAUACUGGGCGCUCGGAAAUGAGAUGUGGGGCCCGUGGCAGGUCGGCCAAAUGACCAAGGAAGACUACGCAAAGCAAGCGUACCAAUGGGCAAAAGCGCUGAAGCUUCUGGACCCCUCGAUCGAGCUAAUACUUUGUGGAGAGACUGGAUUCAGCUCGUGGGAUACUUACGUCCUGAAAGAGUGCAUCAAAUUUGAUUUACAUGGAUUGGGCGGGAGUAAUACCGCAUCUCUAAUCUCGAUGCAUAGUAUUCAUAUCUACACGGCGUCGGAGACUCACUUGCCAAAUGCCACCGCUCCUAGAGCAGCAGAGAGAGCCAUUGAAAUCACCACAGGGUUGAUAGAUCUGGCAAGGAUCGAGAACGGGGUUCCGCCCUCUGUACCUCGGCAGACAAUCUGUUUCGACGAGUGGAAUGUGUGGGAUCCCGCGCGAGCUCCUGGAGAAGACGGGGCGGAAGAGAGAUAUACGCUCUCGGACGCCCUAGCUGUCAGCGUCUGGCUCAAUGUCUUCAUACGGCAGUCAAAACACGUGGGCAUGGCGAAUAUCGCACAGUCCGUGAACGUGAUAUCGCCUCUGAUGACUACAAAAACCGGCCUAGUAAAGCAAACGACGUGGUGGCCUCUGCUGCUCUUUAGCAAGUACAUGCGAGGCCAUACCCUGUCAGUUCACGUGGCAUGUGGCGAGUACGAGGGGCCGACUGAGCCAGCGUGGAUAAGAGGGACCAUAGAGACGCCGUUCUUGGAUGCUAGCGCAACCAUAGAUGACUCUGGAUGGGUCAGCUUAGCUGUCGUGAAUAUACACGAAACCUCAGCGUUCGAGACUCUUUUGGAGGGUAUGAACACGGAAGACGUCGUCGUCUACACCGUGACUGGGACCAAUGUCAAGGUCGUUAAUACGGACGGCCAUCAAGAGGUCGGAAUACAGGAGACGAAAUGGGACGGCAAGGGAACGAUUUCCUUCCCGAAACACUCCUUGACAAUGCUAAGAUGGCGGGCCACGUAGGACUUUGAAAGGGAUUUCAGGGCAGGCCGGCACUUAUUUCUGAACUGAUAUAUUCAAUUGCGAUACUGGACUUCUUAGAUUAUAGACCUAGAGUAUAUUCAAGGUCAGCCCAUCGGCCAUGUCGGAGGGGGUCAAGACCCCUGAGCUUAGAAAGCCACUCCCUCAAGUCAUCAGCCGUGAUAAU